AUGACAGGGAUCAAGGAUGAAAUCCGGGCGAUUCAGGCCUUUGAGGAGUCCGACUCCGUCGACGAGUACGUGAAUAAGGUGCGGAACCUCCUGGAGAAGCAAAAGGCGGAUAUGGAUCAAAUAGUCAAGAUGCUCGUCUCGAUUAGUGAUAUGCUCAAGGAUGAGGAGGAUCUCUCCAAGACGUUGAAUUCGUCAAAUAAGAUACGCUAA